CAAAAUAUGCGAAACUUCACCUGAACUGUCACUUCGACUCGGUCUUUUCAAUCACAGGGAUGGGGCACUUACCAGAGAGAAGCAGUUUAUGUGUACUUUUCCUUAUCAUACUCCUGUCAGAAGGACAUUUUCGAUGGGUUGAGGCCCAGCACUGUGUGUGGUACAGUGAGUGCGGCGAGUCCCAAAAGGUGCCCGGAAAGAAGUACAACUGCAACUACACCGGUCCUCCUAUCCCGUUAAAACCUGAGGGUUAUGAGCUUCUCACGGAGCUUUGUCCCGGAUAUGACUACGGAGACCGAAAGCUCUGCUGUGAUGCUAACCAGUUGCGCACCCUCAAAGGGAGUCUCCAGCUGCCCCUUCAGUUCCUGUCUCGGUGUCCUGCCUGUUUCUUCAAUCUGAUGAACCUCUUCUGUGAGCUGACGUGCAGCCCCCACCAGAGUCAGUUCAUGAAUGGCACCAAGUUUGAUGAAGCCAAUGUUCUGGAGGUGCAGUACUACAUUGGAAAAACGUUCACUAACGCCAUGUACAAUGCCUGUAAGGACGUCCAGGCUCCAUCUAGCAAUGUGAAGGCCCUAUCACUGCUGUGUGGCAAGGAUGCAAAGGACUGCAAUGCUACCAACUGGAUCCAGUACAUGUUCGAUAUCAACAAUGGGCAGACACCCUUCCCUAUCAUCCCGACAUUCUCAGAUGUCCCAGUUUCUGGUUAUACUCCCAUGAACAACAAGACAUAUGACUGCACAGAGGGCCUGGAGGAUGGCUCAGGUCCCUGCUCCUGUCAGGAUUGCACCAAGGCCUGUGGUCCCAAACCUGUUCCUCCCCCGCUCCCCCCUCCCUGGACAAUCCUUGGUAUGGAUGCCAUGACUGUCAUCAUGUGGAUCUCUUACAUGGCCUUCCUGCUUAUCUUUAUUGGUGCUGUGCUGGCAGCUUGGUGUUACAGGAAAAGGACAAUUAUGUCUGAGUAUGGCCCCAUAUUGGACAGCAAUAACCCACUGUCUGUCAACAGCGAUGAUCCUGACCAAGUCAAUGCAUCCUGCUGUGAAACGCUGGGCGAACGCUUUGAGAAUGGACUGCGGAUCCUCUUUACCUCCUGGGGUUCCUUCUGUGUGCGCUAUCCCUCUCUGGUCAUAUUGGGAAGCCUGAUACUGGUGGUAGCCUCCUCCGGUGGCCUGGUCUAUAUGCGCAUUAUCACCAACCCCGUUGACUUGUGGUCGUCUCCCGACAGCCAGGCACGUCAGGAGAAGGACUACUUUGACAGCCACUUUGGACCCUUCUUUAGAACUGCACAGCUCAUUAUAACCACUCCCCUCGUCAAACCUUUCACGUACAUUCCCUACUUCGGAGGAUCAGAUGUCCCGUUUGGAGCCAUCCUUGACAAAGAUAUCCUGCAUCAGGUGCUGGACCUGCAGCUUGCCAUCGAAGGCAUUGUAGCCACAUACGAGGGAAAAAACGUUACCUUGAAGGACAUUUGUUUGGCUCCACUGGCCCCAUACAAUGAAAACUGUACCAUCUUGAGUGUCCUCAACUACUUCCAGAACAGCCACUCCGUGCUGGAUCACAGCAUUGGAGACGAGUUCUUUGUGUACGCUGACUUUCACAGCCACUUCCUCUACUGUGUCAGUGCACCAGCAUCCCUCAACGACACCACUCUCCUCCAUGAUCCCUGUCUCGGCACUUACGGGGGCCCCGUCUUCCCUUGGCUUGCGCUUGGUGGCUACGAUGAGACCAACUACAACAAUGCCACCGCUCUAGUGAUCACCUUUCCUAUCAACAAUUACCUGAACGACUCUGUCAGAACUGGCAAAGCUAUGGCAUGGGAGCAAGAAUUCAUCAGCUUCAUGAAAAACUUCAAAAACCCCAAUCUGACCAUAGCCUUUACUUCAGAGAGGAGUAUUGAAGAUGAAAUUAACAGAGAGAGUAACAGUGACAUCAGCACCAUAGUAGUGAGCUAUGCCAUUAUGUUCAUCUACAUCUCCCUGGCUCUGGGUCACAUCCACAGCUUCAGAAGAGUAAUGGUGGACUCUAAGAUUUCUCUAGGUGUUGCAGGUAUCCUGAUUGUGCUGAGUUCUGUGGCCGCCUCACUGGGGAUCUUUAGCUAUGCUGGUAUCCCGCUCACCCUCAUUGUCAUUGAGGUCAUUCCCUUCCUGGUGUUGGCUGUUGGAGUGGACAACAUCUUUAUCAUAGUGCAAACUUACCAGAGGGAUGAGCGCAUGCCUCAAGAGGAACUUCAUCAGCAGAUUGGUCGUAUUCUUGGUGACAUCGCCCCCAGCAUGUUCCUCUCCUCCUUCUCUGAGACGUUGGCCUUCUUCUUGGGAGCCCUGUCCAACAUGCCUGCAGUGAGGACUUUCUCUAUGUUUGCUGGCUUGGCUGUUUUUAUUGAUUUCCUGUUGCAGAUCAGUUGCUUUGUCAGCUUGCUUGGCUUGGAUGCCAAAAGACAGGAGGGAAAUCGUUUUGACAUCUGCUGCUGUGUGAAGCUGCAAGAAGGUCAGGAAGCAAAGACAGACGGCUUCCUCUUCCGUUUUUUCAAGAAAAUCUAUGCUCCAUUCAUCCUCAAAGACUGGGUGCGACCGAUCGUAGUCGCUGUGUUUGUCGGAAUACUCUCCUUCAGUAUUGCUGUGGUGAAUAAAGUAGAGAUUGGACUGGACCAGAAACUCUCCAUGCCUGAUGACUCCUAUGUGUUGGAGUACUUCAAGAACAUGAGCAUGUAUCUCCACACUGGAGCUCCAGUGUACUUCGUGGUAGAAGACAGUCUCAACUACAGUAGCCUGGAGGGACAAAAUCUUGUGUGUGGUGGGGUGGGCUGCAACAACGACUCCCUUGUCCAGCAGGUUUAUGAAGCCUCACUCAUCAGUAACUACACCACCAUUGCCUUUACUCCGUCCUCCUGGCUCGAUGACUACUUUGACUGGGUGAAGCCACAGUCCAGCUGCUGUCGGUACUACAACAGCACUGGGGCCUUCUGCAACGCCUCGGUGGUAAACCCAUCCUGUGUUCACUGUCGGCCCAUGACUCCCAGCGGAAAGCAGAGGCCUGUUGGAGACGACUUCAUGCGGUUUCUACCCAUGUUCCUGUCAGACAAUCCUAACAUCAAGUGUGGAAAAGGCGGCCACGCAGCCUACGCCACAGCUGUUGACCUCCAUCCCAACAACACAGCAGUCGGAGCCACUUACUUCAUGACGUAUCACACCAUCCUGAAGGAGUCCCCAGACUACAUAGAUGCUUUGAAAAUGGCCCGAAUCCUGGCUAACAAUAUCAGCCAGUCCAUUGACCACAAAGUUUUUGCCUACAGCGUGUUCUACGUGUUCUACGAGCAGUACCUGACCAUCGCGUAUGACACAGCUCUGAACUUAAGCGUGUCCCUGGCAGCCAUAUUUGUGGUAACAACAGUGCUCUUAGGCUUUGAGCUGUGGUCAGCCGUUAUCGUCUGCAUCACCAUCGCCAUGAUACUGGUCAACAUGUUCGGUGUUAUGUGGCUAUGGGGCAUCAGCCUCAACGCAGUAUCACUUGUGAACCUGGUCAUGAGCUGUGGUAUUUCGGUGGAGUUCUGCAGUCAUAUCGUUAGAGCUUUUUCCAUCAGCAUGAAGGGGAACAGAGUUGAACGGGCUGAAGAGGCCCUGGCUCACAUGGGAAGCUCUGUUUUCAGUGGGAUCACAUUAACAAAGUUUGGAGGUAUCCUGAUUUUAGCGCUCUCCAAGUCCCAGAUCUUCCAGGUCUUCUACUUCAGGAUGUACCUGGCUAUAGUGCUGCUGGGGGCCACACACGGUCUCAUCUUCCUCCCUGUACUGCUCAGUUAUUUAGGUCCUUCAGUGAACAAAGCGAAGGUGUUUGCCGCUAACAAGCGCUACGCAGGUACAGAAAGGGAGCGCCUCCUCAACUACUAGCAAGCUGUCAGAGACAAUGAACAAUGAACUAACUAUGUGUCUGGGAGGGACUAUGUGGGUGUGAGCGCAAGCUGUUUCUGCGAUUACUGACACACUCAUCAUCGUUGCCACUACUAUGCAUGGACUUAACUCAGGAAUAUACCCAGGAGCAGGACUAAUAGAGGCCUUUCAAACUGCAUACUUGGAUUUCCUCAGAAGACUGUGGACCCACACCAUUCUUCCUUCUCCUCACACUACAGAGCAGGCCUGACUUCAUCAUUUGAAGUAUGAGCAACACAAGUGCAACAAAAAAAUAACACUUUUCAAAGUGUUGAAGUAGCAGAGACGUCACCCCCACAAUCAGUUUACAGACACACUCUCAGUCAGUUCCAUAUGCUAUGAGUUAUUUUGAUUUAGGAAAACUCAAAAGGGGAAAACUGGUCAGUUUUUUCAUGUUUUUUAAAAUAUAUAUACCAGAAAAAACAAUGUAUAAAAGGAUUUUUUUUUGAAAACCUUGACUUUUGUAGAAUUAUGUUUUAAGAAUUGUUUAUAGCUUGGGACACCAUACACACCUGGACUGACAGGUAACACAACUGAUACCAUUGGCCCUCAUUAUAUUUGGCAUUUACAUGAGUUUGGGGCUUUAUCAACAUACUUAAUUAUAUAGCAAGACAGUCAGUUAUGGUAUUUUCAACUAGCAAUAAUGUGUGUUUCCUGUGCACAUGAAGAAAUUAGGAUUAUUGGUAGCAGUUUGUAAGUGGUAGUGACAUGUUUUUAUUGUUUUGACUUCACUUCAACUACCUGGAUUUAAAAUGGAACAAUAUGUAGGAGGGUGAAGUGCUGACUUUCAGCUUGAAGUUUUUUUGGGGUGUUCACAUCCAUGUUGGAAGAGCUUUCUGCACAGAUAUAGAUGUAAAUGCACUCAAAACUGAAACCUCAUAGUCAUUGUAUUGGAAUACAUAGCCAAUACUGAGCAGUCCACAUAUGUGUGUGUUUUGCCAUGCAGGUGUUGCAUGUUGCUCUGCAAAUCACAUAAAGGCUUUCUUUAAUUUUCACUAAGGUCACUAUUUACAUUAUCCUGUGUCACAUUUCAUUUUAGGGCUAGUUAAUGUCCUUGUGAUUGCAUGACCAUGUUGGUAGCUUUUAUGAAUGGUCACAGAUACAUGUUCAUGCCAGGUGUAAAGGGUGCUUUAAUGCUUAUAAUGGUUUUACUGAAGCAGAAAUUAAGUUUUUUGCAGUUACUGAACACAAUUUAUGUUGCAUCAAGAGAUGACAAAGCUUUACAUAUAGUUAAAUAGUCUGUAGAAUACUGGAUUAAUUGUACAUUCCUGAGCUUUUUCAUUCCCACAUCUUUAAGUUAUUGUUUUUUAUUUUGUUAACUGUUGACAUUUUGUUGUCAUGCAUUGCUGUGUGAAAACCCCCUUCCAGUUUCCUUGCUAAGAACUCCUCCCAGGCAAUCCCUUGGGUUUCAAGGAAAACCACAGGCUGAGCAGUGAGAGGGUUGGGACAUCACUGGAAGAGGUUGUUAACAUUUUACACAAGGUGUAUAAAACCUGCAGGGACUUAAAGGAACAGUAACAUUCCUUUUGUUUUAGUUCAACAAUGAUGCAGUAAUGUUGUUUUUGGAAUGUACGAAAAAAUAAGAAAGGAUGUGAAAAAUGUUAUUGAGCAACUGACCAAGUUGUAACAUUAAUUAUGAUAACUGUGCUUGUUAACAGUGCUGUGCAUUGAUUAUAUAGACGAAUCAUCGCUCAUCCUGAACAACAUGAUUGUAGAGAGAGAGAUUAAACCAACCAUUGGGGUACUUUAGUUUUUAACAAUUUUAACAUGUAUUAAAACAUUUUCAGAAAAGUAUGUAGUGGAUCCUGAUUGCCUUCUGUAUUUUACUGUGGAGACACCGCUAUGAAUUACUUAUUUGUCCCUUAAUAUAUGAGCUAUACUAAUGUUUUUGCAGAUGUACAAUUGAUUUUAAAUUAUGUAAUAGUGUCAGUAGACUGAAGUGCUGCUUAAAAGUAAGAAGCCACUGUAAAAGUUUCUCUUUAAUCAUGUGUUGUUUUUCAGCUUCUGUCUAAAGAAAGGUUUUUGGAACAAAA